AUGGGGGAGGGGAAGAAGCAGAGAGUAGCGGAGGGAGAUGAGGCAGUAGCGAGGACGAGUGGGCGAGAGGAGGAGGUGAGGGUGGCGAUGGAGGAGGUGCAGAGGGCGAUGGAGGAGGUGCGGGAAUGUGUGGAGGAGUGGGUGGCGGCAAUUCUCAGGGUGGUGCCGCGGGUUAGGGAUAAGCUGGAUGGGAGGGUGCAUGACGAGGCGGGGUGGACGUGGAGGGAAACCGUGGUGUACGAACUGUCCCAACCCGGCAUGGCAGAGGUGUGGUGGUGCGGUGGUGCUGUGAUGCAAGGCAGGUGCGGUGGUGCUGUGAUGCAAGGCAGGUGCGGUGGUGCUGUGAUGCAAGGCAGGUGGGCAUAUGGUACGUACUGCAUAUUGCAUGCGACCCCUGUGCGUAGUGUGCUCUCCACACUUGUCAUUGUUUCUGAGGCGAUGGAGGAGUCGUGGACGUGA